GUGGAACUUCCUGCUACAAACAAUGAAUAAGACAGAGCAGAGGAAGUCAAAGCAAAAGGAGAACUAGAGCUUGUUAUUUUGGGAUAUUUUGCAAUAAAUGUAACACAAAUGAGUUGCUUUCGAUCUUUUCGCGACAGUACUGUAUCAGAAAGAUCAAACACUAUGUUAAAAAAAAAGAAAAAAAAAAGUGAAGUAGACGAGCCAGUUACAGUUGCCAAUUUGUCAGGAUCAAAAAAUGGAGGAAAACAUUCUUGUCAAUGAGUUCUAUUGUGUUAGCCAAGUAAUCAACGAGUGAGGAUGGUUUUCUGCGUCCCAGCCACUUAAAAUGUGAGACAAUAUUUUCUCCUUACAACUGAGUUCCUCUUACUACCUCUUUUAGCUGUCACGCUAUUGAUGCUGUCAUUUUUGCCUUCAACGUCUUCCUGUUAAGUUGUUGCCUUGCAGCAUUUGCAGUAUUUCAGCGCAGUCUGUGGGAGUGACACGAUGGACUGGCUCACAUCUACUACACUUAUCAUCACAGUAUAUAAAGUUGCAGUUGGUUUCAAUAUUGACCCUGUGGCUUGGAAGACCUUGAGGAACCCCGCAGAAGGUUUUGGCUACCAGAUAGUACAAAGACAAUCCGAAUUGCUAGUCAGUGCGCCCCUCGCUCAAUAUUCACAAAACAGACGGGGGCAAAUCUUUAAAUGCUCCACUGAGUCCUGCAGUGCGCUACAAAUUUCAGUGCCGGGUUUUGCCGUCAACAUGUCGCUUGGUUUGAGCAUGACAACUGAUCCAUCCACAAAAGAUGCCAUGGUAUGUGGUCCGACCAUCCCGAAAGACUGCGGAAGCAUCACCAUGUACAACGGUGUGUGCUUGGUGCUAGACUCUUCUGAUCGCCUCAAACCUCCCAUCCCUUCUUCUCUUGAUGAGUGUCGAAGUGAAGCGGACAUCGCAUUUCUGCUGGACGGCUCGGGCAGCGUAGAUUGGAAAGACUUUGAAAAAAUGAAGACUUUUGUCAUUAAUCUCAUCGGCUUCUUUGUGGCCAAAGAUUCCAAGUUUGCCAUUGUCCAAUUCUCUAACAAACCCAUCAUCCAUUACAAUUUUAAUAAUUUCAAUGUUAACACCUGGAGAGCUGACAUUAAUGGAAUAAGGCAGUUAAGAGGAGCGACGAACACAGCCAAGGCCAUUCGGAGUGUUAUGAAUGAUGUCUUUUCAGAAGACACAGGUUCAAGGCCCAACGUGAAGAAGAUUCUAAUAGUGAUCACUGAUGGAGAAUCUAGUGACAGUUAUGAUUUGGUAGCAGCAGUAGAUAUAGCCAAAAGAAAAAAUAUAGUUCGAUUUGCUAUCGGGGUGGGGAGCGCAUUUGAAAAGCAAAAGGCGAAAAGGGAGCUGAACACCAUCGCGUCUUCUCCCUCAACAAAGCAUGUGUUUCAAGUGCAGAACUUCAACGCGCUUGACGCAAUACAGCAGACUUUGCAGGACAGCAUCUUUGCGAUUGAAGGAUCUCAAUCGAGCGGCGAGAAGCUGAAAAUGGAGAUGGCCCAGCGGGGAUUCAGCGCUGCCUUUAUACCUGGGGGAGUACAGAUUGCGUCUGUCGGUGCAAACGAAUGGAGAGGUGGCUUCCAAACGUACAUGGGCCAGGGAGGAACUUCCUAUUUGCCUAUGAACAUUGAUCCUGACAGCUAUCUGGGUUAUUCCAUAACAGUUGCCCAAACGCGCUUCUCAAGUGUGACCGUACUUGGUGCUCCGAGAUACCAACACAGAGGAGUUGUGAUGGUGAUUUCCCAAAACAGGCUUGGCCAAACAAUAGAUCCCUUCAAUUGGCAGUAUCAGAUCGGUGAAUAUUUCGGGGCAGUGGUUUGUGCCAUGGACGUGAAUCGGGACAAGAGCACAGAUGUGAUCCUCAUAUCCGCCCCCAUGUUUGUGGAGGAUGAUAGAGAGGGGAGGGUUUAUGUUUGCAACAUGAUCCGCUUGCAAGUUGAGUGUCGGUUCGAGUCUCCGGUAGUCCUGAGAGGAGCCCAAUCCCCCAGAGGACGGUUCGGUUCUUCCCUUGCGAUACUUCCUGACCUCAACUCAGAUGGACUCAAUGACUUGGCGGUUGGGGCGCCGUUGGAGGAUGACGGACAAGGCAGCGUCUACAUAUUUCACGGCGAGCGAAGAGGGAUCUCAACUACUUUCUCACAGAGGAUUGCUGGCUCAGAAUUCAAGUCAAGACUCCGGUUCUUCGGCAUGUCCAUAAGCCAGUCCUCUGCGGACCUCAGCAGGGACGGCCUGCCUGACCUUGCGGUGGGUUCAAAAGGAACAGUCACCUUACUCAGAUCCAAACCCAUUGUGUUGGUAGAAAGCAUACUUUCCUACACCCCGAAACAAGUCACGACGAUUGCUAACUGCGACAAUCCAAAGCUCUUCCUUGCAGACAUCUGCUUUAUGAUGAGCAAACAAUCGAACGUGCAAGGAGCGAAAGCAAGAGUUAAUUAUACUUUAACGCUGGAUGCCAACCGCAAGGUGCCCAAUAACCGAGCUUACAUCAGUGACAAGAACCGGGAAAAGGGCGGGACCAUGGUUCUCGAUUUAGCAAGGCCACAAUGCUUAAGUGUCAAAUUCUACAUCGAGCCCUGCCCAGAAGAUGCUUUGAAUCCUCUUCACAAUGAGCUCCGACUCUCAUUUGAGGGUUUGCCCGCUGCCAAUAACCUGAGCCCGAGUCUGGCACAACAGGCCCAGAUGACCACCAUUCAUCUGUUGGCCUUUGAGAUCGACUGUGGCAAAGACAAGGAAUGUGUAGACGACCUCAAACUGGAUUUCAACUUCAGCAGAUCCUUGGAGGUUAAAGUGGGCAUUGAUGAGCUCUUGAAUGUCACCGUAUCCGUCGAGAACCUGGGCGAAAACUCCUACAACACCCUUGUCGUUCUCACGUACCCAGCUGCAUUCUCCUACAGGAAAUUUACCGUCCUGCAGGGACGUGUUGAGUGCAACUCCUUGGACGGUGAAGGCGUCGUAUCUCGGGGAAAGACAGACUGCACCAUUGACAAGCCCAUUUUCAGGAGUAACUCAACGGCUGUCUUUGUGGUUUCGUACGGGAUCGAAACCGAAAGCCAACUGGACAACAGGAUAUAUGUCACAGCUAAUGCAACAAGUGGGAACGAGCGCCACUCGGCUCUAAGCCAACUUUACAAAGUGAAAGACAUUGGUGUGAAGUACAGCAUUUUUGUUACAAUGGAAAGUUCUCUACGCUACAUCAAUUUCACUUACGGAAAAAAUGACAUGCAGAAGUCAGUCCAGCAAUCCGUUCUGGUUUCCAACAACAUCCGAGCCUUUAAUGUCACAGUGGUGAUCAGGGUGCCCGUGAAGCUUGGUGAAAAGGACAUCUGGGCAAAUCUGAGCACUUUGCAGAUUCCAGACUGCCAAUACAGCAAUGAGGAAAGAGCUAAGGUCAUAAAUUUUGUUGGUCAGCUGCAAAAAAAUAAGAUAGUGGACUGCUCGGUGGCCACAUGCAGGGUGUUCAAGUGCAAUAGAUUCAUGGGAAGGCUAGAGGGCACGCGGUACACAAUAUCUGCCAAUAUGAGUGCAGCAUGGAUCCAGCAGAUUGGACUCGACAAGGCCAAGUACAUCUUUACCAGCACAGUCAGUCUGGAAUAUGACAAGAACCAGUACAUCUUCUUUUCGACAUCGUCUAUUAACAACCCUCCCGUGCGCAAGAUUGAAACAGAGGUAGAAGUGUAUCCCCAACCAGACUUUACCAAAGAGAUAGUCGGGGGAUCCUUAGGGGGGGUGGCUAUACUGGUUAUACUCUCAGCUGUCCUUUAUAAGGCUGGAUUUUUCAAGAGUAAAUACAAAGAGAUGAUUAAUGAUGCCGACGGCGCAGAAACAGACGGCGCAGUGAGAGACGAGGCCACGCUCAUGCCGGAAUGAAAACACAUUUUAAAAAUGAAAAAAUAAUUUCAGCCU